AUGGCAGACGAAAAGACCGACGCGCCCGUCGAGGCCACAGCCAGCCAUGUGGUUGCGCCCAAGGGAUCUCAGGCUCCAGGAGCCGGCGAGGCGUCCACGGCCCUGCAGAUCGAGCGCGACAUGAGCAUGAGGGAUACUUUUCGCUUCUGGCCCAAGGCUAUCUUUUUCUCGUUCAUGUUGUCGCUGGCUAUUAUCAUGGAGGCCUACGACCUCAAUCUCAUGAGCAACUUCUACCCAUUCCCGGCCUUCAAAGACAGAUUCGGUGACCAGGUCGACCCCGACGGAGGCAAGCUCGUUUCGGCCAGGUGGCAGACCAUCAUCAACAACGGUGUGCAGGCCGGUUCCAUCAUCGGUCUCUUGAUCAACGGCUACGUGACGGAGUGGUUCGGAUACCGCAAGACCAUGAUCGGCGCCAUGUUCUUCAUGAUCGGAGGCAUCUUCAUCCCCUUCUUCUCCACAGGACUGCCCAUGUUCCUGGCGGGUGCCCUCGUGCAGGGUCUGCCUUGGGGUGUUUUCCAGACGCUGAGUGUAACUUACGCCGCCGACUUGUGCCCGACCAAGCUGAGGCAAUACAUGACAUCCUACGUCAACAUUUGCUGGGUCGUCGGAGGUAUCCUGGCAAAGGGCAUGCUCAAGGGCCUAAUGCAGAGGACCGACCAGUGGGGAUACAGAAUUCCCUUUGCUCUGCAAUGGAUCUGGCCCGGCCCCAUCAUCAUCGCCGCCAUCUUCGUCCCUGAGUCCCCUUGGUGGCUCAUCCGCAAGGGCCGCUACGACGAGGCCAGAAAGGCCGUGGAGCGACUCACCAGCCCCAGCAGCGGCGUGCACUUCGACUUGGACGCACACAUGGAGAUGAUGAAGGCCACCAACCAGCUCGAGAUGGAGAUGUCGACUGGCGGUAACUUUUGGGACUGCUUCCGUGGUGUCGACCUCCGCCGUACUGAGAUUGCCUGCAUGGUCUGGCUGACUCAGAGCUUCUGUGGUGUUCCGUUUAUGUCUUAUGGUAUCCAGUUCCUGAUCAACGCCGGAAUGAAGGCCGAGAACGCCUUCACCAUGGGUCUCGUCGAGAACUGCAUCGGCCUCAUCGGAUGCCUGCUCGCCUGGUGGAUCAUGAACUACGUCGGCCGCCGCUCGCUCUACCUAUACGGACUCAGUGCCAUGUUCGUAAUCCUGAUGGUUAUCGGAUUCAUGGGCAUCCCGGCCGGCAAGGCCAUUGAAGAGAGGCUCGGGUGGGGCAUCGGUGCCUUGAUCAUCCUGAUGCUCUUCCUCUUCCAGCUCAGCGUCGGCCCGUCCUGCUACUGUCUCGUCGCCGAGAUCCCCUCGACCCGGCUCCGAGUCAAAACGGUGGCGCUCGCGCGUGCCACCUACAACACCGCCGGCUUCAUAACCAAUGCUUUGAUGCCUCCCAUGAUUGGAAAGAAUGAUUGGAACUGGGGCGCAAAGGCCGGUUUCUUCUGGGCCGGCAUCGACCUGCUGUUCUUGUGCUGGGUGUUCUUCCGUCUGCCCGAGCCUUUUGGUCUGACGUAUUCGGAAAUCGACCUCCUGUUCGAGCACAAGGUCAGCGCCCGUGCCUUCUCUCAGGAGAAGGCCGACGCGCUCAAGCCGGAGCUGGACGACGUGGCGCGCAGGGCGGAAAAGAAUGUUCAGGCCGAGCUCUAA